AUGGCUAGCCGCCCAACAUUUGAAGUACUCGACUGCAGUGUCGACGAAGAAGAAGAAAGCUACUUCCGCCUCCUGGUCGAUAGCAAGCAGAUCAAAUACCUCACUAUCAGUCCUGGCACCUUCAAGAACGCUGAGAUGUGCUUUGACCCGACCCUGAAGACCGUGCUCCCUAGAUUGCCCGCUGGCAAUUGGAACGAUGGAACUGUAACUAGGGACGAAGACGGGAGACCCACUUUUACACGAAUCAACCUGACUGAAUUCGAUGGUGUCGAGAAUACCUGGCAUGAAACUUUCGUCGAGUGGGGAGAAAUGGAGCUAGAAAAGAAUCUACACAUUACAACUUACGAAGUAAAGUGUCCGCGGUUCGAAGAUAUUGUGGUUGCCAAAUUUGAGAGCUGGCACUGGUACAUGUAUUCCAUGGAGAACGAAACUAAAGUCUAUCAAUGGUUGGACGGCCACGGUAUCGGGCCCCGAUUCCUCGGUCACUUGACUGAACAUGGUCGUGUCAUUGGUUUCUUAAUUGAACGAAUAUCCAAUGCGCGACCUGCUGGAACGGAGGAUGUCGAGCCCUGCAGGGAGGCAUUGUCUCAGUUGCAUGCUCUGGGCCUCUUGCACGGAGACAUAAACCGACACAACUUUCUUAUCCGCGAUGGAAAAGCUACUUUGAUUGACUUCUCUACCACCCGCAAGUGUGAUGAUGAAGAUAUGUUUCGAGAGGAGAUGGAGGCUCUGCCCGAUUGUCUCGCAGAUACAUGGAAUAAUGGAGGUAAAGUUGAAUUGGAGCCCUUCCAUGGGACAUAUGGAGAGAUGACGGAUCCAGACCGUUUGUAA